CCUUCACCCAUCACUUGUGAGUAUCUGAUGUCAACCACUCUUACUCCUUCAGAGAAAAUGAGUUUGAGCCACAUGGAGACUGUGUCUCCACACCACUCAAGGUCUCAAGAUGCACAGAGAUCCUCCUGGAAGCCAUGGCUGUGCUCAGCAAUAGUUCUUUUGUUUUGCUUCUUCAGUACACUAAUUCUUACUUUCUUCCCAUUCAAGACUGCUAAAGUGUCCUGUAUGGCUAAGUUUGGACCUCUACCCUCAAAAUGGCAAAUGACAUCUCCUCAACCUCCUUGCAUGAAUAAGAUGUCUGAUUGGAAGCUGAAGAUACUUCAAAAUGGCUUGUACUUAACUUAUGGCCAAGUGUCUUUUGAUAGCACCUACGCGGGAGCAGCUCCUUUUGAAGUGUGGCUACGUAAAAACAAAAAACCUAUACAAAUUCUAACAAACAACUCUCAAAUUCAGACUUUGGGAGGGAUUUAUGACUUGCAUGCUGGAGACGCAAUUGACUUGGCAUUCAACAGCGAAGACCAGGUUCUGAAAAAUAACACAUACUGGGGGAUUGUGUUAAUGCCAAAUGUUCAGUUCAUCUUCUAAGGAUUUGAUUUGGUCUCUUCAUUCUCUUCAGCAUAUGCAGAGGUGUUCAGGAAGAGUUGGAGGAGGGCAGAUUGUCGAUGCUUAUUCUUUGUCUGGGUGUACAUAUCAGUACACACAGAACUCCUCUGCAUGUGAGAUUUUGCUUCAUGCUUUCCAGAAAGAGAGUCAAAGAAAGGGGCAAAGGUUUUUGGUUACCUGAGGUUGGGUCUGUAGUGAUACUUUAGUAAUUCAAGAUAAAAUGAGUGGGAGUGGAAGAGGACAGAAAAUCUUCAAUGAUUCUUUGUCUAAACUUUGAAUCCCUGGGUGGAAAAAAUGAAUUUUUUUUAUUUCCAUGGGCACCUUAUUUUGUUUGCAAAAGAAUGGAGGGCAGUAGCCUGGCCUUAUUCUUAUUUUCUUAAGCUGCUUUACUUUAUUUUUCCAUACUCUCAUCUUCCAUCUUGAGACCCUCUUAAUAUAGUAAGACUGGUGAAGUGGCCACAUAAGUGACAACAAUUCCUUGCUUUAGGUGUUGUGCUUUUAGAACACAGAGAACACUUUGAGAACUAUUAGUACAGAAGUGAAGAGAGAAUGAAGUGGAAUGUCCUGGGAAGUAGAAUUUUCUGGGAAUGUCCCCUGGUUUCAUCAUACUCAGGAUGCAAGGUGUUUUAUUAAACAUUUGGUCAAAGGAAUCAUUCUGAACCUUCACCCGUGGCUUCACUGUUUGUGUCUCUGAACAUUGCCAAUUGGUAAACGAAGUCACCACUAGUAAUCAUUGAAUUUAAGCCCAGAAAUUGGCAUUACUAUUGCUGUAUUAUGCUACUUAUUGAUUUCGUAUGUUUAGCAGGCUUUCCUCAGUUUGCAAAAUGCAUUCAUAUAUCACAUGGCAACUUAACGAAGGGCGCAGGAAUUUUUGGCAAAAUUUUGGUAGUGAGAAUAUAGACACAGAUGGAAUAGAUAGGUAUCUUGCCUUAGUGAGUAAAUGGGCUUUCUGCUGUUAUAUAUUCACAUUAUCUCAGCUUUACAAUUGGUAUUUAGGCUAUCAUGUUAUGCAUCUAUAAAAUUUAGCUAGUUCAACUUUCAAGAGAUGCAUUCUCCUUUAGCCCAAGGUGGGUGAAGUGAAGACAUAACUGAUCUUUCCUUUACCGGCAAUCUUAUUUUCCCUGCUCUGCCUGGAGCAGGGAAUUCCAGGGUGUUGAUCAGAACUCGCUCCAACCACAUCCCCUUCCUCACAUUGAAGAGCCAACCUCAAUUAAAUGUGCCAACCUCUAAAAAUAAUAAAUAACACUUAAUUCACAUUUUUGGCUCAGUUAAAUUAGGCAUUUGUAUGUUCUUGUUGAAAGGUCUAUAAUACUACAUUUGCAAUUGUAAUAUUACAAUCAAUUUAAAAUAUUUAUGGACAAUGGGGAAAGUCAUAUUAUGUUAACUAAUAUAAUUAUAAAGCUAACUUAAAAUGUUUGUAUUGUGUACAAUAAAAACUGCUUGGGUCAUGAUAAGCUAUUUCUUCUACUAUUAAAAUCUGCUAAGUAGCUGUAGACCAAAGGCUUGGAUACAAAGACUUUUGUAUUUGCAUAUCUUCUCACGAAAUUAAAUUGUGUCACAUAUAUUUAUAGAAACUUGGUAGAAUUAAGUUUUGUUGUAUUAUAAGCAGCAGUAUGCUGGAGUGGGCCAGAACUGAUUCAUAUAAUCCAACUGUUAAAUUUUCAGAAAUUUUGCACUCUGGUUAUUACAUACAGUCAUCACUGAUCUUGACUGUGGUGGGAGUAUUUACAGUGUGAGAAUUGGAAUAAACAUGACAAAGACUACAAAUUAGGGCUUUUCUUUUGGACAGCUGGUUUAUAAACACUGUUUAUAAAACUCUCCUGCUAUUUCGAUGCCUCUCUGAUCCUGACUCAUUCCUGUGACAAUAAAGAUAGGCUAAGAGAGAGAGUGAAAUUAUUACACCCACAGUCCAAACCCAGCAUAGCAAUGGCUUCUCAGGGCAAGCAGAGGUUUUUGCACUGCAGGUAGAGGGAUGGCUAACAGCAAAGGAUAUCAACAUUUUCUUGGUGUUAUAAUUUCAGCCCUUGUUUACAAUGUGUGCUUCAUUUCCUUGUCUGUAUUUUUAA